AUGCAGAGGCGAAACGAGGCUUUAGAAAAGAGUUUGUCAGAAAGACAAAAGGAAAAGGGUGAGUUAAAAGAUAGGGUGAUCGUGUUGGAAGGAUCUCUUCGUCAGUAUCGAAAUCAAAAAUCCGCAAUAGAGUUGAAAGUAAGCUUGAGUAAGAUUGAGGAAAUGAAGCAAAGAAUCGAAGAGCUAGAAACGGCGUUGCAAAAUUGUGAAAACCGGAUCAAGCACUUGGAAGCAAAUGAAAAUCGUAAUAAGAAACAGCUACAAUACUUUCAGAACCAAGUUAGGAGCAGAGAUAAUAUUAUGGAGGAAGCUGUGGUCCAGAUCCGAGAAGUAGCUGAUCACGUACAAGCUUUGGCAGUACAAGCAGACAUGCUGAGUGUGAAGCAUGAAUUAGAAUCAAAUCGGGGGCAGGUGUUAGCUGUGUUACUUAGGAAGAUUAGAACGUUGAGCAAUAGGGCAAAGCUUUAUUUGUAA